AAGAGGAGGAAACCCUAAAAACAACUAUUUCCCUCUUCACUCUCACAGUCUUACGUGGUCCACGCCUCUUUCUUCUUCCUCUUCUCGCCAUCACCUCCUCUGUUUCUGCAGCUCAGUGGCGCCGCCGGCUCUCUCCCGCUCAGAGCUCCCGCCCUUGUCGUCUUUCUUCCACUCGUGCCGCUGCCGCCGUCUUCUUUCUUUCGCUCGUGCGGCUGUAACCUUCCUUGUUGUUGCUCUGUUGUUGUCCGUCACUGAGUUUGCUCCCAACUCCAACACUGCGUCUGCCCCUGACGGCCUUCUUCACGCUUCUUCUAAGCUCAAGAACUCGGAGCCACUUGACUCUUUUGACUCCAAAGCCGUUGAUUACUCAUUCGCGGAUUCCUUCCUCGAUUUCGAUUCUUUAAAAGACUGGAUUGACGAAUUAACAUCCCCUAAUAUGGUUGAUGCACAAACGCUUCUUCCUGAAGCAGAUGCCCAUUUGAAUCAAUCCGUGGAAAAGCCUGUUCCCAUUAUCGAUGGAGUUCAAUCUAAUGUUGUCAGGUCUGAAGACUUUAAACCAGAAGUGCAGGCGAGUGGUGAGGCUUGUGGUAGUAAGUCUGCAAAUUUGAAUUCCAUCAUUGAAGAAGGGAUGUCAAAGGUUAGCUUGGUUCUUGAUGGCGGGUGCAUUGCAAACGUUAAGUUGGAGUCUCAGGAGGAUGAAGGUGAAAGUGAUGUGGAGUCCGAGAGCACAAGUUCAACUUCAACAUCUAGUAGUAGUAGCUCUGGGAGAAGCAGCGAUAAUGAAAUAGACGAGGAGGAAGAAAAUUCAUCAUCUUCUAGUAGCGGUGACAGCAAUUGCGAUGAUGAAGAAGAGGAGUACAUGGUAAAAGCAGAGGGACAGAGAGAAAUCGGUGAACUCGAAGAAGGUGAGAUAAGAGACAUUGCCGAUGAAGAUGAAGAAGCUUCUGCAGAUGACAUGGUUGCGUGGGAUGAUGAUGCUGAAGAUGUUGAUGAUGAUGGUGAAAACCUCGACGGAGAAGAUGAAGAGGCUGGGGUUGAAGGAGGGCCAAUUAGGUCUAAAAAUGAGCUUAAGGUUCUUCCUCCAGUUCCUCAAGUGCAUGCGACACUACAGCCGCACCACCAAAUGCUUCCUGUUGGAGUUGUUUUGUCAAUAAUAGGCAAUCAAGUCAUUGUAGAGGGUGGUGAGAAGCACAAUCCUCUUAACGAAGGCUCUAUCCUCUGGAUAACUGAAGCUAGAUCCCCAUUGGGGUUGGUAGAUGAGAUCUUUGGGCCGGUUAAAAAUCCUUAUUAUUCUAUUAGGUACAAUUCUGAAAGUGAAGUUCCUCUUGGAAUUAGUGGUGGCACUCACGUCUCCUCCGUUCUUGAGUUUGCCGAUUAUGUGCUAAAUAACAAAGACCUGUACAAGAAGGGGUAUGAUGCAUCUGGAGUGAAUGAUGAAGAGGUGUCAGAUGAUGGUGAGUUCUCAGAUGAUGAGAAAGAGCUUGAGUUCAAGAAAAUGCAAAAGUUGGCUAAGAGGGCUAUGAAUGACAACCAACAGAUUAAUGGGAACAGAAAUAAUGUUCGGAAGAAGAAAAACAAUGCUAAAGCCAGAAAAUUUGGUCAGUGUACAUUUGAGACUGCAAAUGUACCUGAUGGCCAGCGCACACCCGAGCAAGCUACAAUAUCUGAAGGCUGGAAAUUCGAUCAGCCAACACCACAGCAAGGAAAGAUGGAUAUGGUUCAGCCAUCCCCCAAUCAGAACCAGCAAACUGGCCCUUCUUUGGCCCCAGUUGUAUAUCACGGUGGUUGUCCAAACCCUUCAGCAGCACGUCCAUGUUUUAUCAAUGGAACUGGCAUUAUGCCAUCUUUUCAACCAUCGUACAACCCCUACUUUACGCCAGCAAUGAAUGGAAUUAGGCCAGCAGAAAUGCCAUUUCAGUUUCAGCAGCAGCAGAAUCCGUUCUUUCCCAACAGUCUUCUUCCAAUGAAUGGCAUGCCGUGGCAAUUACAGAAUCCUGUGCAGCAAGUGCCUCAAAUGGCCAUGGCAAAUACAUUUGCUGGAGCAGCGUAUCCUCCGGGAUUCGUAGGUCCAUCAACCGCCCUACCUAAUCCCUUGACAAGCGUAGGGCCACAAGGAAUCCAAUCCGGUGGACUACAGUUUGGACAGAAUCAAAACAACUUGCAGCCUGCAACACAACAAUUCAAUCUCUCAAACAUGAACCCACCAGUUACAUUUCCAGGAAACAUCGCACCACAACAGUUUAACCAAAAUUCAUUUUCAAACCAGGGAAGGAAAUUCUAUGGUCGUGGUAGAUCUCAUUUUAGAGGUAGAAGAGGUGGGCGACAAAGUAGAUGAGUCUCUUUACUUGUUUCAGCUUCAUGCUUAGGGAUAUAGGUUGUUUGCAAUUACUACAUUUUGAAAAAAAUCUGUCAUGUACUUGCAACCAUUUGAGGAGUUAGUUUCUUUUUAAUUGCUUGGUGGCUCAAUAUCUGUAUGUUACUGAAUCAAAUAUGACGCUUUUUCAUUGAUACUGCAAAAAAUUAAAGAAAGGCUCUUGCUGAAAA